AUGGGGCAGACACAGAGUGACGGGGAGGUGCAGUUGGGGCAUAUUCAGCGACUAUAUAAGAAAUUUGUCAGCGAAUGCCCCAGCGGAAAUCUGCAUUUGCACGAAUUCAGAAGGAUCUUUGGAGUCAGCGCUCAGUCACUAACAGAAGAAUCUGCAUAUAUGGACAGCGUAUUCCAUUCCUUUGAUACGAAUGAGGACGAUGCGAUAGAGUUUGUAGAGUACGUGGCAGCGGUCCACCUUGUUCUUCGCGGGAAGCUCGAGGAUAGGCUAAAAUGGUCGUUCAAGAUCUAUGACCAUGACGGGAAUGGACAGCUGGAGAGACACGAAGUGAGACGCAUUAUUAAGAUAAUUUAUGCAAUCAAGAAGCAUAGUGGUCAAAUGGAAGGCGAUGAACUCUCACCAGACCAAGUAUGCAACCGGAUAUUUGAGCUUGUCGACAAAAACAAAGACGGUCACAUUUCACUGGAGGAGUUCAUGGAGGGAGCCCAGAAGGACGAAUGGGUUUUGAAGCAGCUGAAGCUGGAUGUCAGGCCCAGUGGAUGGUUUAUCGAGCAACAGAAAAAAAAUCCAUACCUCUGA